AGCAGGAGAGGACUGAUUACCCUGCACGAGGUCCUUUUGUUUUUGUGUACAUUUUAUUAAUUCUAUCUGAAUAAAAUGGCUGCUGAAGUAGUGGACGAUCAUGAGAUGAGGGAGGCACAGAGGGAAUACCUCGACUUUUUGGAUGACGAUCAAGAUCAGGGGAUCUACCAGAGCAAAGUGCGGAACAUGAUCAGCGAAAAUAAAUUCCGUCUCAUCGUCAACAUCAACGACCUGCGCCGCCGCAACGAAGCUCGUGCUGCAAAACUUUUGAACAACUCUUUUGAGGAGCUUCUGGCAUUCCAGCGUGCUCUCAAGGACCUGGUUGCCUCUGUCGAUGGCACCUACGCCAAGCAGUUUGAGGAGUUCUUUAUCGGACUAGAGGGAAGCUUUGGAAGCAAACAUGUCUCUCCUCGCACCCUUACUUCCCGCCUGCUUGGCAGCAUGGUGUGCGUGGAGGGCAUCGUAACCAAAUGCUCGCUUGUGCGCCCUAAAGUAGUACGAAGUGUCCAUUAUUGUCCGGCUACCAAGAAAACCCUGGAGCGAAAGUACACAGAUAUGACCUCACUGGAUGCCUUUCCGUCAAGUGCCAUCUACCCAACCAAGGAUGAAGAGAACAACCCUCUGGAGACGGAGUUUGGCCUGUCCGUCUAUAAGGACCACCAGACCAUUACGGUGCAAGAAAUGCCAGAGAAGGCUCCAGCGGGCCAGCUGCCCCGGUCGGUGGACAUCAUUCUGGACAAUGACUUGGUGGAUGCAGCCAAGCCAGGAGACCGUGUGCAGAUCGUUGGUACAUACCGCUGUCUGCCAGGGAAGAAGGGUGGAUUUACCUCUGGAACCUUCAGGACCAUUAUGAUAGCUUGCCAACUGAAGCAGAUGAGCAAAGAGGUCACCCCCUUUUUUUCUGCCGAUGACGUAGCAAAAAUCAAAAACUUCAGCAAGUCUCGCUCUAAGAACGUAUUUGAGCAGUUGGCUCGCUCGUUGGCUCCCAGCAUCCACGGACACGAGUACAUCAAGAAGGCUAUUCUGUGUAUGCUCCUGGGUGGGGUGGAGAAGGUUCUAGAGAAUGGAUCACGCCUUCGUGGAGACAUCAACGUGCUCCUCAUAGGUGAUCCCUCUGUGGCUAAGUCCCAGCUGCUGCGCUAUGUGCUUCACACAGCCCCCCGUGCCAUACCCACUACAGGCCGAGGCUCAUCAGGUGUUGGUCUCACUGCUGCUGUCACCACUGACCAGGAGACAGGCGAGCGUCGACUGGAGGCAGGGGCCAUGGUGCUGGCAGAUAGAGGUGUGGUCUGCAUUGACGAGUUUGACAAAAUGUCAGACAUGGACCGUACCGCUAUCCACGAAGUGAUGGAGCAGGGCCGUGUCACCAUUGCCAAGGCUGGCAUUCACGCUCGGCUAAAUGCCCGCUGCAGCGUCCUUGCCGCAGCCAACCCUGUUUAUGGCAGAUAUGACCAGUACAAGACCCCCAUGGAGAACAUUGGGCUGCAGGACUCUCUGCUGUCACGUUUCGAUUUGCUUUUUAUUGUGCUGGACCAGAUGGACCCAGAACAGGACCGUGAGAUCUCCGAGCACGUUCUGCGCAUGCACCGCUACCGUGACCCCCGCGAGCCAGAAGGAUCAGCGCUGGCUCUGGGUGGUACAGUAGAUGUGUUGGCCACUGAUGACCCUGAUGCAGUGCAGGAGGAAGAGGAGGAGCUCCAGGUGUAUGAGAAACACAAUCAUCUUCUCCAUGGCAACAGGAAGCAGAGGGACAGAGUGGUAAGCAAAGAGUUCAUGAGAAAGUACAUCCAUGUUGCCAAGGUGAUUUCUCCUGUACUGACACAAGAGGCAGCCAAUCACAUUGCAGAGGAGUACACACGACUACGCAACCAGGACCAGCUUGGCACAGACAUUGCUCGGACCUCUCCUGUGACUGUCAGAACUCUAGAGACUCUGAUCCGUCUGGCCACAGCCCACGCCAAGGCCCGCAUGAGCAAGUCUGUGGAGCUCGAGGACACAGAAGUGGCAGUGGAGCUUGUUCAAUUUGCCUACUUUAAAAAGGUUCUCGAAAAGGAAAAGAAGCGUGCCAGACAAGAGCGGGAUGUUUCUUCUGAAGAUGAGGUAGAGGAGGAGGAAGCUCCGGAUACUCCCCGCCAGCAGAGAAAGAGGAGGCGACGUUCAGCUGAGCGCAGAUCAUCACAGAGCAGUGAAACCUAUGACCCAUAUGACUUCACUACUGAGACAGAUGUACCUGAGAUUCAGUCACCUGCUCCUGCAAUGCCUAGUGAAGAAGCCAUGGACGAGUCAGAGCAAAACGGUCACACCGAACUGUCAGCGGAUAGGCUAAAGGAGUUUAAAGCUGCUCUACUGGAGACUUUCCAUGCCUCUCAUGCUCAGUCAGUGGGCAUGAAUGCUCUGAUGGCGAACAUCAACAAGAGCCGCUCCACUCCGUUCGAUCAGGCCGAGGUCCGAGUCGCUCUGGCACGCAUGCAGGAUGACAACCAGGUCAUGGUAGCUGACGACAUCAUUUUCCUCAUCUAGAGGAACAGACAAAGUUCCGCAGAGGGAAAGAGCAGAAAAAGAAAGCUGCCGAGUCUGAACUUUUAACAGGGCUUAAAGUCUGUCUCAGUUUUUCUUCUUGAACAUGUGUGUCAAGAUUUUUGCUAGUAGGGAAUUUAAAAGCAUAUUUCUUUGCCCUUUUUCUCUUUAAAAAAGUUGCCUACUUUGUUCACAUUUGAUGAUGUUUUAACUAAAAAACUUGGUCUGUUUUAAAUUUGCUUUGUUUUCAUCUGUUAUUUUUUAGUGUUCAUGUAUCAGCAAGCUGUUUUUAAAUGUUUUGAAUGUGUGAAGAAAUUUGUACAUAUUACAUAUUGAUAAAAAGAAAAGCUAUGUUUGUGUCAACAUUCCACUAAAAUAUACAAAAAUUGUCCAGUUUAUAAUUGUUUAUUUAUUCAUUGUCUGUUUUAUCACCGCUUUAUUCUGGUCAGGGACACGGUGGGUCUAAUUUAUUGGGCAAAAGGCAGGAAACACCCUGGACAGGUCACCAGUCAAUUACAGAGCAUACAUACACACACAGGACACUGAGGGAGAACAUGCAAACUCAACACAGAAAGCUGGGGAAUCAAACCCAGGCCCCUAUUUUAAAUACCUUUGCUGUGAUGCGAAUGCGCUACCCAUUGCGCCAUCGUGCCACCCUAUUUUAAAUACCUUUACUGUACACACACUGGCCACUACUUUACCUCAUGUCACUUAAAUUAUUAUGCUGACUGGUCAAUAAUUGACAUUUUUCAUAUAUAUGUAUAUAUCGACUUUUACUCCCAUCAUUACAGUGAACGUAUUACAUUAAACUGUAAUAAAACA